ACUAGCUUCAAACAUCUCGUGCUAAGGAAACGAAGCUAAACCCCACAUAGCGAUCAUAAUUCACACGCAAAGCUUCUGCUCUUCUGAUACAAGAAAAGACUAGUUUCAGAUAAAUUGCAGGGAAAGGAGGAGGAGAACAAAAAUGGCUGGAGAUAGGAGUAUUGGUGUGGCCAUGGACUUCUCUUCGAGCAGCAAGAGCGCUCUCAAAUGGGCUAUUGACAACUUGGCUGAUAAGGGUGAUACCCUUUACAUCAUCCAUAUCAAUCCCAACUCACUCGAUGAGUCUCGCAACACCCUCUGGGCUAAAUCUGGUUCUCCCCUGAUUCCAUUGGCCGAGUUCAGAGAGCCAGAGAUCAUGAAGAAGUACGGUGUCAAGACAGACGUCGAAGUUCUUGAUACUCUUGAUACUGCUUCACGACAAAAAGAGAUUAAAAUUAUUACAAAAGUGUAUUGGGGAGGAGAUGCCAGAGAGAAGCUGCUUGAUGCAAUUGAAGAUCUGAAGCUGGACUCUCUGGUUAUGGGAAGCAGAGGACUUGGCAGCGUCCAAAGGAUAUUGUUGGGGAGUGUGAGCAGUUAUGUGAUGACAAAUGCCCCAUGCCCAGUCACCAUUGUCAAGGAAAAAAAGCACUGAUCACAGUUUUUUUAUUUUAAUGUAUGGAUCAUGAUCUUCAGUUUUAUGCAUCUGAUGGUAUGAUGAAUAAUAAUGUAAUAUUUGGUUCGCCAGAACUCAAUCUCCGGAAUAAACUAAUAAAUUAUCUAUUAUUUCUGCAUUGGUGAA